CUAAUGGCGGCGGGCGCGGCUGGCCGGCGGCUGGCCCUCCCGCAGGUUCCCACCAGCCUGGGUUCGAGUCCGGGCACCGCCCCACUGGCCUCGGACCCGUCACAGCCCUUUCUGGGCUUCAAUGUCCUGGUUUUUAAAUAGGCCCGAUGACACCCCCCCGGGAGGCCUGGCCCUGCAGGGCCUGCCCCAGUGCUGCGCGAUUGCGCGCCUGUCUUCCUCCCUCCAUUAAAUCCCGGCGCUCGGGGACCUGCCAGUGACUGGCAGGGCCAGGAGGUGUGGCUGGGCCGGCUGCUUCCACACCUGAAUGCACAUUAUGGCCCUGUCACUCUCUACAGGUGUGACCUUGGGAUGGAGCCAGGUGAGGAGCUGGAGGAGGAGGACUCUCCAGGCGGCCGGGAGGAUGGCUUCACUGCUGAGCAUCUGGCCGCGGAGGCCAUGGCAGCUGACAUGGACCCCUGGUUGGUGUUUGAUGCCCGCACCACACCUGCCUCAGAGCUGGAUGCCUGGUUGGCCAAGUACCCGCCAUCCCAAGUUACCCGCUAUGGCGACCCUGGCUCGCCCAACUCGGAGCCCGUGGGCUGGAUUGCAGCAUAUGGGCAGGGCUACGUCCCCAAUUCAGGCGACGUGCAGGGCCUGCAGGCAGCCUGGGAAGCUCUGCAGACCAGCGGGCGGCCCAUCACGCCAGGUACCCUGCGCCAGCUGGCCAUCACCCACCACGUGCUCUCGGGCAAGUGGCUGAUGCACCUGGCACCUGGCUUCAAGCUGGACCACGCCUGGGCCGGCAUUGCCCGGGCCGUGGUCGAGGGCCGGCUUCAGGUGGCCAAGGUGAGCCCACGGGCCAGGGAGGGUGGGCGCCAGGUCAUCUGUGUUUACACGGACGACUUCACGGACCGCUUGGGUGUGCUGGAGGCCGAUGCAGCCAUCCGUGCAGCAGGCAUUAAGUGCCUGCUCACCUACAAGCCUGACGUCUACACCUACCUGGGCAUCUACCGGGCCAACCGCUGGCACCUCUGCCCCACGCUCUAUGAGAGCCGUUUCCAGCUGGGGGGCAGUGCCCGCGGCUCCCGUGUGCUGGACCGCGCCAACAACGUGGAACUGACCUAGUAGGGCCAAGUAGGGGAGACCACUCUCUGCCCUCCCUGCCAGGGAUGGAUCCUCCCGUCUUCCUUGUCCCAAGGAGGCCAAGUCCCCCAGCUCUGAGGACUAGGUCACUCGGGAACUGUCUGCAUCUUCAAUCCCCUUGAACUUCUGCCCUCUGUUCAGGGCUGACUCAAGUCCCCACCGGCUGGAGGCUCUGGCUCCCUGGAGGCUCUGGCUCCCUGAGGGCCGGACCCUCAGCCUCUCUUUUCGCUGCUGCUCCCCUCUGCCAUCGAGGACCGCAGGCUGGGUGCAGACCCCCAGGAGGAGAGCCUUCCUUGGCUGCCCUCAUCCCUGGCUGUACCUCCCCCCUCUCCUGCAUCUUCCCCUUUUUCUCUUCCUCCCUCACAAGAGAAAAGACUUAGGGCUUCCAGUCUCUCUCCUUGGAGCCUUCACAGACCAGCAGGCAGAGGCCCUGCAGGCCUGAGCAUGCCAUUUUGUUGGGGGGAUGAGUGUGCCCACUCAGCCCUGGGCAGAGAGAGAAGAUGCCCGGGCCAUGGACAUGGGGCCUGUCCCUCCCUGCCCCCUCACAGCCUGCACCACCUUUCUCCCUUCCUUCACUACCUUGUCAUGUGCCUGCUCCUGGCAUUUCAAUAAAACCCAGAUUGGGUCUG